GGGGCGGAGCUCUGGGGGACAGGGUUUUAAAGGCUCCCCAAGGAGGUUGCUCAGCAAGCAGUUCAUCACCUGCCUGGCCCUGGACACCCCUGUGACCAUGUGGCUCCUGGUGCUGUGCCUCGUCCUGUUCCUGGGGGAGACUGGUGCGGCACCGCCCAUCCAGUCCCGGGUGAUAGGAGGCCAGGAGUGUGCAAGGGACUCCCACCCCUGGCAGGCUGCUGUGUACCACUUCAGUGACAUCAAGUGUGGGGGCGUCCUGGUGGACCCCCAGUGGGUGCUCACGGCUGCCCAUUGCAUCAACGACCAUUACCAGAUCUGGCUGGGCCGCCACAACUUGUUUGACGAUGAAAACACUGGCCAGCACAUUCACGUCAGCCAGAGCUUCCCUCACCCUGAUUUCAACAUGAGCCUCCUGGAGCCACACUCCGACAGCCCUGAUGAUGACUACAGCCACGACCUGAUGCUCCUGCGUCUGAAGGAACCCGCCCAGAUCACUGGCUCCGUGCAGGUCCUGGCGCUGCCCACCCAAGAAGUGCAGCCAGGGACCAUGUGCUUGGCCUUGGGCUGGGGCAGCAUAGAGCCAGAUGCUGGCCAUCCUGUGUUCCCAGAUGAGCUGCAGUGUGUGGACCUCGAGAUCCUGCCCAGCAAGAACUGUAAAGAUGCCCAUGUUGCAAAGGUGACAGACACCAUGCUGUGCGCUGGGCACCUGGUUGGAGGCAAAGACACCUGUAUGGGUGAUUCGGGGGGCCCACUGGUCUGUGAUGGCGUGCUACAAGGCAUCAUCUCAUGGGGCCACAACCCAUGUGGCCUCCCCGACACCCCCAGCAUCUUUACCAAAGUGACAGAGUACCACGAGUGGAUAAAGAAAACCAUGGCUGAUAAUCUCUGAAUGGCCCAUGCAGGCCCUGCUCCCAAUAAAACCAGAUAUGCUUCCAACGAG